CCCAAGUUGACCGUCAACAAAGCACGAUGAGCGGGUCAUUCUUGGAUAAUCUCUUCUCACUGGAUGGAAAGACAGUCCUUAUCACUGGAGCCAAUCGUGGUCUUGGUGCUGGCAUGGCAGAAGCACUAGGAAAGGCCGGAGCUAAUCUUGUUCUUGUAUUGCGCGACACGACUCAAACAGAGGCAGUCAAGCGGUACACUGACAUGGGCAUCAAGACUUCUGCUGUUCAGUGCGAUCUUGGCAAUGUAGAGCAAGUUGAGAAGCUCAUUGAGCAAGUUGUGGCUUCUCAUCGCAUCGACGUGCUCGUCAAUUGCGGCGGCAUCAACCGACGCUACAAGGCCCAUGAAUUCCCCGUCAAGGACUUUAAUGAGGUGGUCCAGGUCAACUACUUGACACCAGCACAGCUGAUGCGUGAUGUCGGGGCAUACUGGAUCAAGGAAAAGAUUGGAGGCAAAAUCAUCAACAUUGCUUCCAUCAUGUCUUUCCAAGGUGGCAUUGAAGUCAGCUCGUAUGCUGGCACGAAGCACGGCAUUGUGGGCCUGACAAAGGCCUAUGCCAAUGAAUGGGCUGCGCAUGGUAUUUGCGUCAAUGCCAUUGCACCAGGCUAUGUUGCCACAGAUCUCAUUGAAGCAUUGCUCAAGGAUGAGAAGCGCAAUGAAGCGAUCCUAGGCCGCAUUCCGGCAAACAGGUACGGCGAGACCAAGGACUUUUGGGGUGUCACGGUCUACCUUGCCUCCCAGGCGUCUGACUAUUGCAAUGGCAGUGUCAUCACUGUCGAUGGAGGUUGGGUCGGCCGUUAAGCACAAUACAAUCUGUCCGUCGUAGCAGACUUAGAGCACAGUGCAAUGAUACUACAAUCUGAUGCUUCGUAGCUAGAAUCAGUCCCAGUAUUCAG